GCAGCCCGGUUUGAGUGCAUUUCAUUUCCAGUAUGGCGGCCGUUACUUGCGGAGGAGGACAAGUUGUUCGAAUUUGUCCUCAGUCUUACCGUGGUGGGCAGUAGCUCAUCGCCGGUCGUCUCGAUUGUGAAUUGGCUGAAUCGUCCAUCUGCAAGACAACCCAUGGCUUAAGGCAGGAUCGGUUACAGAAUAUUUGGAAGAGACAUUGUGUGUGGCUGCAAGCAAGUGUCUUGGUUUUCCGUGUCUACUUGCUAAAAAGGAGGGGAUUUGUUUUGAUUUUCAGGUCAGAAAGUUCACGACAGUCCUGCCAGACUGCAACUACGUUCACUGCCUCCGUGAGCGAGCGAGAGAGGGAAGGAUUUUAAACCGAACUUGUGAAUAGGCCCAACGGGGCUGACAUUACGUUCCUCACACUUACGGAAUUUAUUCUAAAACAUGCAGAACGCGUUGUCUAGAACUUAUCAGUGAUUCUUUCAAUAAUUGUGCCCAAGGAAAAUGAUAUUUUGUGCAAAGGACGAAUGUGCUGAAACCAACUAGCCACCUAGCUAGCCAGCAGUCUAGCUUCGGCGUGGGGAGUGGUAGCUAGCUUUGCGUUUUUGCUUUUGCAGGAGAUAGAAACGUUUACAAAAAUAUAUAUUCUUUAGCCACUUGGCUAUUCUGUGGGGUAUUUUGGAGGGAGGACGAUUUGUUGAUAUAAAUUUUGACAGCAUAAUAUGUGGCUAGGUGAACGCGUGUAAUUAAUGUUGACGGAUUGCGGAUGUCUUAGCAAGGUAGCAGCUAGCUAGCUAUAGCUUUAACUACAGCAAGGGUGAGCUGGGCCAAGUGAAGAGCUAGCCCGAGCUAGCUCAAUGGGGGGAUGCGGUCAUCAACCAAAAACAGGUAGCUAUAGUUAGCUUAUUAACUAAAAUAUUUAUUUUUUACAGAAUAUUAACGUUAGGAAAUUAAGUGUCUUGGUGUAUUGAACUGAGACGCUUUAAUUUCGCACUACUUUACUGGCUAUUUUUGGGGGUCCUCUAACGUUAGCUAAACUGCAGUUCAGAGUAAGUCUCCUAUGGUUAGCUAACUAGUAGCUUAUUAGCGUUCUACCUGUGAGGUAAACCGUAGCAAGGUAGCUUCCACCUCUUUAUGGAAUUGUGUACCCACUUGACCACCGCUGCUUUUUUUGUGACAAUAUGGAGACCUUCCUGGACGGAUUAAUGACCUGCACAUGGAGGAUUUGACGUUUGUUGGACGUUAUGUAGCUAGCUAGUGAAACAAUUAUUUGUGUCAAAUGUUUGUUUUUUGUAGUCUGAUUUUUUUCCAAAGGCGGUGGGAUAUCAUUAAUAAAAGGCGAAGUUAAAUGCUAGCUAGCCGUCACACCUAAUUGGCUAAUAAAGGAAAUUGAAAACUUUGCCAGUCUGGAUCAAGAAACCCUGUCUUUCGUCUCAGGUUGGAGUAACACUCCCAAGCUUUCAUCAAUGCCUUCAGCGCUGGCCGUUUUUACCUGCCGCCCGAACUCGCACCCCUUUCAGGAACGCCAUGUCUACCUGGACGAACCAGUCAAGAUCGGGCGCUCUGUGGCUCGUUGUCGCCCAGCCCAGAACAACGCAACGUUCGACUGCAAGGUGUUGUCAAGGAAUCAUGCUCUCGUCUGGUUCGAUCACAAGACGGGCAAGUUCUAUCUCCAGGACACUAAAAGCAGCAAUGGAACCUUCAUCAACAGCCAGCGCCUGAGUCGGGGGUCUGAGGAGAGCCCCCCCUGCGAGGUCCUCUCCGGUGACAUCAUCCAGUUCGGCGUGGACGUGACCGAGAACACCCGCAAAGUCACCCAUGGCUGCAUAGUGUCUACAAUCAAGCUGUUUCUCCCAGAUGGCAUGGAGGCUCGGAGGCGCUCAGAUGUCAUUCAAGCGCCGUUACCACUUCCUGUUGAUAAGGUUGCCGCUAAUACGCCCAGUAUGUAUUCUCAGGAACUGUUUCAGCUUUCUCAGUACCUACAGGAAGCCUUACAUCGGGAGCAGAUGCUGGAGCAGAAGCUGGCCACACUGCAGCGGCUGCUGGCCAGCACACAGGAGGCAUCUGAGAGCAGCUGGCAGGCUUUGAUAGAUGAAGACAGGCUGCUGUCAAGGCUGGAAGUGAUGGGGAACCAGUUGCAAGCAUUUUCUAAAAACCAAACGGAAGAUGGCAUCCGCAAGGAGCUUGUAGCCUUACAGGAGGACAAACACAACUACGAGACGACAGCCAAAGAGUCCCUGAGGCGGGUCCUUCAGGAGAAAAUAGAGGUGGUCAGGAAGCUAUCAGAGGUGGAGAGGAGUCUCAGUAACACAGAGGAUGAAUGUACUCACCUGAAAGAGAUGAACGAACGCACACGCGAGGAGCUCCGGGAGCUGGCCAACAAGUACAACGGAGCGGUCAACGAGAUCAAGGACCUGACCGACAAGAUCAAGCUGGCGGAGGGCCGGCAGGAGGAGAUCUCUCAGAAGGGGCAGAGUGAGAAGAAGGAGCUGCAGAUGCGCAUUGAGGAGAUGGAGGAGAAGGAGCAGGCUCUCCAGGCCCGCAUCGAGGCCCUGCAGGCCGACAACGACUUCACCAACGAGCGGCUCACCGCUCUGCAAGUCCGUUUAGAGCAACUUCAGGAGAAAAACGUAAAGGAGAACAACAGCUUAGAACACUUUCUAUUAAACAGUGGAGAGGACUGCACUUUUAUCCAGCAGUUCAUUGAGUGCCAGCCUGUGAAGCAAUUAAAAGAGGCUGUGGAUUCCUCGCUGACCAAGAUCCCAAACUUUGAUGAAGUUAUAGAUGCUCAUCUCCAAAACAACCAGAUGUCUGAAGAGAACAGUCUGGACAGCCCAGAGAGACUGAAAGCUAAACUUAUUGAUGAUGUGCAUCACCAGAAUGUCAUGGAUGAAAAUAAGCUUGUGAAAGAAAAUCAGAUAGAUGCUAAAGAGUCGGAUAUGUCAGACACACUGAGCCCCAGCAAGGACAAAAGCAGUGACGACACUUCAGACGGCCAGAUGGAUGAGCAGGAGCUGAAUGAGCCUCUCAACAAGGUCGCGACGCUCAAAGACGAGCUGCGGCGGGCCGACCUGGAGCCCGGCGACACGGAUCACAUGAUCCAACACCUCCGCACCGAGCUGCUGGAAGCCCAGGAGCUGGCCAACACCGGCAAGCAGAAAUGCCUGGAGCUGCAAGCUCUGCUGGAGGAGGAGAGGAGGACUAACAAACAGCAGACUGAGGACUCUGCCAAACAGAUCCAGUUUCUUCAGGCCCAGCUGCAGAAGCUGCACGUGGACAUGGAGGAGCUGCGGGAGCAGAGGGAGAGCUCCAUCUCCAGCACGCGGGAGGAGCUGUACAGCGCCCAGGAGGAGGUGCUGAUGCUGCGCCACGUCAUGGAGACGGCCACCGCCGAGCGCGAGCGCGACAUCGCCGCCCUCAAGGCCGACCUGGACGCCGUCACCGCCGAGCUGGAGAAGUGGCGCCAGGCGGCCGCCAAGUACGAGCUGGAGAUCAGCACCCUGCAGGCCAGCUUCCAGCAGCACAGCCAGCACAGGGAGAAGGCUGCCCAGCUGCAAGACGAGCUGGACCGGCUGCAGAAGGACUGCUCCAGCCUGCAGAGGGAAUGCACAGCCCUGCGCUCUGAGAAGGUGGCUCUCCUGGAGAAGCUGCAGAAGCUCGAGGUUGAGCUGGACAGCUCCCGGGAGCAGAGCGCCUUCCUCAGCAGCAGCCUCAACGCCCUGGAGAAGUCACAGGGAGCCCUGGAGACCAAGCUGGGCUCCAUGCAGGACCAGCACAUGCAGGACGCCGGCAAGCUCCAGACCCAGCUGGCCCAGGCCGACAGCCGGACCAAGAGCCUGCAGAAGGAGUAUGAAGAGACCCAGUCGCUGCUGUCGGACCUGAGGGAGAGGUAUGAGCGCACAGAGCAGGAGAAACGCUCCAUCAACGAUGAGCUGGAGCAGUGCAAGCUCGACCUGAAGCUACUGCAGGAGAAGGGAGGCAAUCCAUCCAUAUUGCAGCCUACCCAAGCCAUUUUCAUCGGCGUUAUCCUGGCUUUGCUGUAUUGGUGCUUCGGGCAGUUGUGGUAGAAAGAGCGGUUGGUUGCCCUGGAUGCCCGUCGUUGCCGUGGUGGUUGCCGUGACUGCGGUUGUGCUUUACCCGGGUCUGUCCAAAAACAGCACCUGAUCGAGCCCCUUUCACACCCCCCCACCCACCCGACGACUCCCCUCCCCCCCCUCCACUCAGCCCAGGCUCCCGUUCCCUCACCCUCAAUACCUCCUGUUCUGAAAAACACGGCUGUUUGCAAACGCAGCAGUAGGCUCCCUGCUUUAACUGUAUAAAAUGUAACUGUACAUAUUUAGAGAGGGAAUAAAAGUUGUAACUUCUACUAUAGAUGAAAUACUUUAUCUGCGGUUUAUUUCUUUGUUUUGUUUUUUUCUUAAUCAGUUUGUUGGGAAUCUUACUAUUAAAGAUUUUUUUCAAUGGGUACCAAACUUGUUUAUUUUGCUAAGUUUUAAGGUGAAUUGUCUUAUAUGGUUUGCCAUAUUAGUGUAAAAUGUGGUAUUCCAGAUAUGGGUUUCAAAGCCAAAUGUCUAAUUAUACACAGGGCACAUGGGGUUAAGUGCCUACCAUAGCUUCUAGAUGUGUGUAAAAAUUGUGUGAUCCAGUCUGUUGAAGUGCCAUUCAUACUCCUGCACACUCCUAGAUGUUUCAGAGGAACUCAUCUGAGGUAUCAAAUGAAAAAUAGUAAAGUUAAAAAAAUAAUAAUAAUAAUAAUAGAAAAAAACAUCUCUAAAUGGUCUCCGUGGUGGCUUUGUACCCUUCCAUUUAUUUAGUUCCGUUCUUCCUGCCGAUGUCAUCUCUUCUAGAUCCGUCGAGCGUGUAGUUCUGGUGUGUGCGCGCAACAUGUUCUUCUGUUAGUCAGCCUGUUUGUGGCCCUGUUUUUAUUGCUCUCCCAUCUGUGACACAUCCGUUUACGACACAAACGAGUUUCUUGUGCUCUCAGUUCCAGGUGGCCAUUGGUACAAGUAAUAAUCGCAGAUUUAGGUAGGUCCCCCUGCACCUCUGACUGUAAGCCCUCCUGACACAGAGACCUUCCUGUUUGGGAUGUUGGCGCAGUCUGCGGCAUGCUGCACUGCACCAUGGGUAAAAUUAGCUACACUUUGUCAGACUGGACUUCAGUGUAAACCGGGGUUGGCUCGUCUCUGAAUGUAUUCUUUAAGAAAGUAAUAAGCUAAGGCCUUCUAUCGGGACACACCUGUGGUGGUAUCACGUUGUGACUGAGGGGACAGAUGCGCUCAUUCGUCCUGGGGCUCCUCUUGGGGCGUGGCCCGUGCCUCCUCCUGCUCCUCCUCCUCCUCUCGCUCCUCCGUUUCCUCCUCUCCCUGGGCCCCGCGCGGGGACGGCGUGGUGGUGGCCAUCCUCUCCAGCUCGUCUCUCAGCUCCUGCAGCCGCUCGGCCGUCCUGGCCCUGCUGUUCUUCAGCGUGUCCGUCUCCUUCUGCUUGGCCUCCAUGUCCGUCUCGUACGCCUCCAUCCAGGCCUCCAGCCUCUCCUCCAGGUCCGUCUGCACCUCCUUGAGGAAGUUCUCCACCUCCUCGUGGAUGAAGCGCUCCUCGGCGAUCCUCUCCUGCAGCCGCUCCACGGUGGCCUCCAGCUCCACCUCCCGGUGGACGUUGUGCUCCUGGCUCUGCUGCACCUUCAGGUGGGAGAUGCCGCGCAUGUAGUCCCUCUCCAUGGCGGCCUUGGCCUUCAUCUCCUGGAGCUGGGCACGCAGGUGUGCUGUGAUCUCCUCCCGCUGGUGCACCUCCUGCGCGCGCUCCUUGCGGAGGUCGCGGAGCUGUCGCUGCAGGGCCUUGCCCCGCCUCCGGCCCUCCUCCUCCCGCUGCACGAUAUCCAGGUGGUUGGCCUUCUGGCGCUUCUCCUCCUCCACGGCCGCCAGCAGGCUGUCGAAGGUGCCGGCCUCCUGGAGCUCGUCCAGCAUGUCCUUGAUCACCAGGGCCAGGAACUGCCGGUCGUGGUCCACCUUCUCCAGGUUGUCGGGCGACAGGGGCUUGUUGUCCAGGGCGUGGCGCAGCUCCACGAGGGCCCGACGCCUCUCUCGAGCGCUCUCGGCAGGUCCGCCCUCCUCCGCCACUCGAGCCCCGCUCAGAGUCUCCCACAUCUCCUUGUCCUCCUCGGAGUUCUCCUGAAUGGCGGCGAUGCAGGCGAUGUGGCCCAGCACAGCCAGCUGGUCUGCGCAGUCCUGCAGCACCAUGCUUAACCUGAUCUGCUCCAGGUCCCAGACACUGUGCUGCCACCGUGUCUGCAAUAGCUGAUUCUCCUCUGCGUCACGUUUCUUCUCCAUUUUUUUAAUGGGCUCUGCCAUUAUCACCCUGGCUGAAUGGUGGUGUCACCAACCUAGGUGGAUGCACUUUUUUUUUUUCUUCCGCUCAAAUGCUCCCACAGUGAGACUCAGGACACUUUAUCAAGCGCUAACCCAUUCAAUCCCAACGUCUCCCUAGGCCCAAGAUUAUUUUCUUCUCCUUGCUCUCUUUUCCCGCUUCAGGUCCUGUAAAUUUUCCUUUUACGUUUUUGACUUAAAUAUCAUUAGGGUUUUUUUCGUACACUUAUAAAGUUGGGUAAACUUCCCCUUUCUUACUUCAGGCGAGCAUAGCCUAUAAUAUUCUAACAAUUUUUGUUGUAUGUUCUGCCCUGAUUUUACGAAAUUAUUAAUCUUUUUUGUCGUACUUGUUCUGGCUACUUGUCCCAAUCGUACAAUGAUCGAUCGGUAAUUUAGCGGUUUAACUCGCCAGCUUCCCACAGUUUGGAUUAGUGCCAAGCUUCUUUCAAAACGGCAAUUGGAACUGUGACGUCCGGAGCUACGUCACAGAGGAUGAUUACAAUUCAGACCUCCGUCCACCAGACCUGUUGUUUUUUUUUUGGAAUAAAAAUAAUGCUUUUCAAGCAAGUUUUUCUUAAAUUCUGGGCACAAGACAAUUUGUACAUGUAAGAUAAACGUACGGGAGUAGCAUCAGUUUGAAUUAAGCUAAUUGAAGAUGAAGUUUCCGUUAUCGGCAUUUUGAAUAUAGGCUAACCGAUUGAUUGUUAAACCAAUUAGGCACUUUUGAGCAUUUGGCAUGUUAAAACGCACAUAAAAGACGACGUGUACCUGGACAAGGUCAUUAGGCGCUUUUCCACCAUGGUUUAAGCCUAGAACGCGGAAAGGCAUUCAAUUCAGAAAUGUCAAGAGGAAUAUUUAAGUGGAAACCUCCGUGUCAUUCAGGCAGUUGAUCUGAUCGGAACAUCGUUUGUUAACCUCAUCAAAAAGUAAUUAAUCCUAAUCAGAGAUAUCAGCUCUACCUGUCUUUCGGAGAACCCGGCUGUUCUCCUACUGUGGAAUGGUCUCGUAACAGGAAACUUUAGCUGAUGGUCCUCAAGACAGUUGAUUACAUACCACCAAUACAUAUUUGAUGAACACACUGUAUUUUCCCCCUAAAAACCACUCGUGUCUGGUAGAAUUAAUUUUUCCCUCCUACCACUUUCAGUGAAGAAACGGUUAGUGUGUCUUCAACGCUGUUUACACCCCCCUUCGCAGUACACAUGGGAUGUUAAGACUCGUAUGGAAUAGACGGGAGCGAUUAGGCAAUUUUCGUUUUGGAAACGUGGUACCUUCCCGAUUGUGGUGACCAGUGAGGUGUUGAAAUACUGUCUGAAGGUACUGGCUGUUGUUCGUGUCUUCAAAAAAAGGAAAAACUGCAAUUGGGCGUAGGAUACUGCAAAACUAAGCCCAAUAAAUUGCGAUAAAUAGUAGAAUAUGACUUCACAGACCGUAUGGUUAGCCGUUGAACCAGCUAAAGAGCAACGGUCUUGAUUUAAAAAACAUCAAGCACUACACUCAGUAGCUAAAUACAACUGCUAGGCUAUUUCUUCCCUGAGUAGACUACAUUUUGAAUUAAACCAAAAACUCCAGUAGGCUAAUCUCGAUACGAAAAACUACAGUAUAUGGUAUGCGUUGUUAGUACAUUAACUAAUACACAAAAACACUACAUUGCUUAGUCGUUUAAGGAAUACCUCAAUACGUUGUCGUAAUUUAGCUAAUUGUUGUAGGAUGUAUGAAACAUAAAAUUGGGUGUUACUGAAUAUUUUUUCUCUUAUGGAAAGAUUCCCUUUAAAGGGAAGUUUCCUAGAGUACGUUUCAGUUGUUCCAUACACAGCUCAUGUUCGUGCAGUCUUAGACCACUGUACACACAGACCCUGAUUUUUCAGUACAGACCACUCCUACUCAUUUCUUACCAGGCUUAUCCAUAUUAGUGACCUGUCUGUCACCUUACAUGUAACCUGAAGUUCACAUAAUAUAUAUUUACCCCUCUUUAUGGGGGUUGGAGGUGUUUGCUUUAAAAGCUCAUUUUGGACAGAUUGAUUUUAAUUUUUACUGGAAAAAAAAUGUUAAUGAAAAUUAACUUAAAUAAUUUCUCUUAUUGAAACUGGGAGUUCAGUGUGGGUCCCUGUCUGGGAAAUGGAUUCAAAGUUUUCAAGUGAAUAGUUUGACUGAGGGGUGGUGAGAUGAGCCUGCAAGAGACUGGAAUAAAUUAGAGAGGAUGUGUCUAGUGUGGCAUGUGGAGACCAACAAAUAAAACUGUGUGGUGUUUACGUUUACCUUCUUUGUCUGCAGCAUCAUAAAUAAGAGCUCCUUCAGGUCUUGGAGCAAACACUCAAUUCCUCUCAGUCCUCCCUCUCACUAAGCAUUGUGGCAUUCAGUUAGUUUAAUUUAACUUCAGUUGAAAGGCAUUCCAACCCCCCCCCCACCCCCCAAACCCAACCACCUACUCUCUGUCUCUGCUCACAGAACCCUUGGUGUAGGUCGUAAGUGUAGGUAUUCUCUUUCUUGCUACAGAAAUCCAGUGUCACACAUGCACUCAUGGAGUUAGUGCUGGGGAGUCAUUUCAGUCAUCAGUUUGCGUGUGUGCGUCUGUCUGUGUGUGUAAAAUAUCCACAUUAUGUACACGUUGUAGACAAGUUUAAAUAAAAGGAAACUGUCAAUGUGGACAUGAACCCACGCUCCUGUGCGUUUCUGCUGCUGGAGGACUAUUGCAGAAUUUUUCGGGUGGACCUCUAGUUACCGACCCUUAGACCAACCCCCUUCCAGUUUCAAUCUGCACAGACCAUAGAGGUUUUUCCCAUUUCUAUUUCUGUUUAUAAUUUCCUCCCCAACCCCCAAUUUUUAAUGUCCAGUGCAGGUUUUUUGUUUUCAGAAUGGUUUUGUUCUUGUUUCUUUUCUCUUUUGAGAGGCGGAUAUGAAUGGGGAGGCUAAUCCUGGUGCAUGCACUGUUAACUACUACUAUCUUUACCGAUUUUCAGAAUUGUAUUGGAUUUUCCUGGUUUUCUGUCAGCGUGUUACUGUAACUGAACUGUGUGCCAGUCACACUCAUCCAUUCACAUGUGAUGACAGAGCACUUUGGCGGGAAUAAACCUAAUGAAAUUUGGUCUGUUUUAAAGGUUUUCAAACUCAAAUGAAAAUGCAUGUAUGUUACAUUCACAGUGAAUCCAAUGCAGACAUGGAGAAAAUGUUUCUCUUACUAAAUAUUAGCUUUGUGCGUAAGCAACACCCAUCAUUUUAAAACACAAUUUCCGUAACCUUACAAAGAAUAUCAAUGUCCUUUAAAUUGGAAUAGGGGUAGAAAAACACUUAAAGUUAUUAAAUAGUACUGUAGUUUAAAAGUGCAAAUUAAAGUUUUGGAGCGUCAUUGUAUCUGUGCAUCUAUAAGAAUUGUGCAGUGUUUGUUGAUGAAAUCAUUAAUGUGUGAAAUAAUGUUUCUGCACACAUGCUGUUAAUGGAAAAAAAGACUUAAUUUUUCUUAUUCCACCAAUUUGUUUGCUUUGGCAAAGUUAGUCCAAGCUGUCCGUCGCUCCCACACACCCAGCCCGUCAUGGAAAAGUACCAUUUGUACAUAGUUUUGUUUGCAAAUAUUGUUCUGAGAUGCUAAAACUUCAGAAGGACACUUUUUUAAGUAAAUAAUUGUUUAAAAUAUAUUUUGUAAAGAUGGAAAGUUACAAUAGUUUCUGGAGUACAGAUUUAAAAAAGUAUUUGCACUAACACAUGUGAUGUGCAUGAUUUUAAUAAAAACAACUUUACUCUCCU